ACAGGAGUAUGCGGAAACAAAAGAGGUGUUAAAACACAAACACAUCCCGGCUAUCGAAGUACUCAGGGAAAUAAACUACCGCCGCUGACUUUGCGGACAAUAACAUUUCCAUUAAAACGCAGAGCGGGUGAAAGUGAGCCGUGGAGGGAACUAUAUUCUGUCAACAUGGCCAUGAAAAGAAUACAGAGGGAGCUGCAGGACCUUCAGAAGGACCCUCCAGCUCAGUGUUCUGCUGGACCAGUGGGAGAAGACUUGUUUCACUGGCAGGCGACUAUAAUGGGUCCGGGUGACAGUCCGUACCAAGGAGGAGUUUUCUUUCUGUCCAUCCAUUUCCCCACCGAUUACCCCUUUAAACCACCAAAGGUUGCAUUUACAACAAAGAUUUAUCACCCAAAUAUAAACAGCAAUGGCAGUAUCUGUCUGGACAUCCUGCGGUCCCAGUGGUCGCCUGCACUAACAGUGUCUAAAGUUUUAUUGUCCAUAUGUUCAUUGCUUUGUGACCCAAACCCAGACGACCCACUAGUUCCAGACAUAGCACACAUCUACAAGAGCAACAAAGACCAAUACAACAAACAAGCAAAAGAAUGGACCCAAAAGUAUGCCAUGUAAGGAAGAAACCAACAUCAAAGAGAGAAAAAAAUGCUGAUAAUUAUUCAGUUUCAUUCGUUUUUUUUGUUUGUUUUUUAAAUCACACUGUAACAACACACAAACACACUAAAGUUGAACGGAGUCAUGAAGUAAAAGGUAAGUCGCACCAUCCAUCCUGGUCCUGAACUCGUGCAUGAACGGACCGCUUCGACUCUGAACACACGACAAAGACUGUUCAAGUACGGGACACUUUGAUAAUUUAAACUCUCAGCAUUUUGGUUCUUUUGUUUGCAUCCAGGAAAUGUAAUUUGCAAACAGUUUAUUCCACACUGCUUCAUCCCUUAUUUUAUAAAAACCAGUGGAUUGUAAGACUUCCUACCCAGUGUUUUCAGAGGUAGAGGAGUGGACGUGGGUUCUGUUGAACUGGAAUAUGGAAGGCCUGAUCCCUGCUGCUCCCGUCAUCAGCUGAAAUGAAGGCUCUCCUCUAGUCAAAACACAUGUGGAAGAAGAAGGAACCAGCAGACGCCGUGGUCCACCCAGCCCUGACGGUCCAGGUCAGUGUGAAGCAGUGGCUCAUGGGUGUUCCUGUUGGACUCUUCUACUGCUGCACAGGGGUGGGGGGGGCAUGUUCAAAUGUGUGCUCAUCUCUCAGUGAUUCUUAUUGUGUUUAAUGAAUUAAAACCCUGUCAUUUUAUUUUAUUCUGUUUAAAUUAGUCAUGUAAGCACCUUGUAAAACUGUCCUUAAUGUAUGCUUGUCUUCUCAUCUGUGUGAUCAAGACCUGUGAGGCUCCUUUUGUACUGAAUUAAACAAUGGUACGGUUUUUAUCACAA